AUGAAGGACUACAGCUUUCCCAGCCAGCCUCUCGCUGAGCCCGGGUCCGUCGUUUCUGGUCCCAACUACCGCUUCACCAUCCUCACCGACCGUCUAUUCCGAUAUGAAUGGUCGGAAGAUGGCGCGUUCGAGGACCGGGCCUCGACGUUCGCCAUCAACAGGAAGCUCCCGGUCCCAGACUUCCGCGUCGUGGACCGCGACGACGAGCUCGAGAUUAUCACCAAGCACUUCCACGUGAGCUACGACAAGAAACGCUUCAGCGCGGGCGGGCUGAUGGCCAGCUUCAAUGCGAAGAUCACGUUGUGGGGUGCCCAGUGGCGGUUUGGGAGCGGGAGGCAGAGAGAGAACCUGGGCGGGACGGCAAGGACCUUGGAUGAUGUUGAUGGGAGAUGUGAUAUGGGCGAAGGCGUCCUCUCGCGCUUCGGGUACGCCGAGAUCGACGACAGCAAGUCCAUGUUGUUUGACGGGCAUGGCUUUGUCGCCGGACGGCCAGCCGGUGAUCGCGUGGACGGAUAUCUCUUUGCCUAUGGGCUUGACUUCAAGGGGGCAGUCAGAGCUCUGUAUCAGAUCUCGGGCCAACAGCCCUCGGUUCCGAGGUACGCACUCGGAAAUUGGUGGAGCAGGUACUAUGCCUACAGUCAGGAAGAAUAUGUUGCUUUGAUGGACAAGUUCCGCGAGCAUAAUGUCCCCCUAUCGGUGGCGGUCGUCGACAUGGACUGGCAUAUGGUGGGGGACGAUGCGGUACCCCAUGCGGGAUGGACUGGGUAUACGUGGGAUAAGAAGCUAUUCCCCGACCCGAAAGCCUUUGGCAAAGAGCUUCACGAUCGGAACUUGAAGAUUACCUUGAACGACCACCCUCACGCCGGAAUUCAUUAUCACGAAGAUGGGUACGAAGAGAUGGCAGCGUUUCUCCGUCACGACACAACCCACAAGCACCCGAUUCUCUUCGACCCUACGAACCCGAGAUUCAUGGAGGCCUACCUCAAGAUUCUCCACCGGAACAUUGAAGAAGUUGCGUGCGACUUCUGGUGGAUCGACUGGCAACAGGGAGAGCAUUCGAAAGUGCCCGGCCUUGACCCUUUGUGGAUGCUAAACCACUUUCACUUUGUCGAUGCUGGGCGAGAUGGGAGGCGGCCACUCAUCUUUUCUCGCUACGCUGGCCCAGGUAGUCAUCGCUACCCCGUCGGCUUCUCAGGAGAUACCAUCACGACUUGGGCCUCUCUCGCGUUCCAACCCGAGUUUACUGCCACUGCAUCCAAUAUCGGCUAUGGAUGGUGGAGCCACGACAUUGGUGGGCAUAUGGGCGGAACUCGAGAUGACGAACUCGUGACUCGCUGGAUUCAGUUCGGCGUCUUCUCUCCCAUCAUGCGAUUACACUCAGCUAAUAAUCGCUGGUCUUCAAAGGAGCCUUGGCUCUACCGGAAGGAGAGCGAGAUUGUGAUGUCCAACUUCCUGCGGUACAGACACCGGCUCGUGCCGUACAUCUACUCGGCCGAAGAGCCGUUGAUACAGCCCAUGUACUGGGAGUUCCCAACGCGAGACGAGGCAUACUCUGUACCUAAUCAGUACUUCUUCUCGGAGCUCAUCGUUGCACCGAUCGUGAAGCCGAGGAGCAAGAAGACAAACAUGGCGUGCGUGAAAGCAUGGCUGCCGGAUCGAUGCAUUGACAUCUUCACUGGCACUAUUUACGAUGGUGGCGAGGUAGAUCUGUACCGAACGCUGGGGGAGAUCCCCGUCCUGGCGCGAGAGGGGUCAAUUAUUCCGCUCGAUGUCAAUCCCACGAACGGCUGCCUGAAACCAGCAGCCUUCGAGAUUCUGGUCGUCGUUGGCAAAGAUGGUUCAUUCACACUCAAAGAGGACGACAGGAAUUUCCACAUCUCGUUCGAGCAGAAGACGGGCAAGCUCGUCUCGGAUAUUGACCGUCCAUGCACCUUUCGCUUCCUCGGCAUCACGGCUAGUGUCGUAGCUUCAUCGGACAGGGUAGAGAAUGAGAUGUCUUUCGGAUUGUACCCCGAUGUCCCAAGCUUGUUGGUCAAAGUCUCGGGACCCGCAACCAUCCAUCUUGAGGGAAAUCCUCAGCUUGACAUUAUUGACCAGAAAGCCCGCAUCGAGUCGAUCCUCCUGGACUACCAGGUCGAAUUUGCGCUUAAGGAAAAGAUCUGGAGUGCGGUUACGGACGAUGUGACGCCGUUGACCGUGAGGCUGCGGAGGCUGAUGACUCUGGGGGAAGACGAGUUGAUUGGACCAAUCUUGGAGCUCCUUCUUGCUGAUGGCAGGGAGGGCUUGAAGGAAUUGUAA